AUGCACUCGAUUUGGAGCACUACAAUUACUGUACUCUUCUUAUUUGCUAUUGUAGAAAGAUCUAAUGCAGCGUUGAAAAAUCAAACUGGUGAAGGUCGUUAUUAUUGGGGACAGCCGUAUGGUUUACCACAAUGGCAAGCACAACAAGGCUGGGUACCACAACAAAAUUGGAUGCAACCACAAGGUGGAAUUACAUCACAGGGAUGGGCACUACCACAAGGUGGAAUGCCAAUGACAGGUUGGGUACCAUCAUCAAUGCAACCAACUCCACCACCAUUUUUGUGGACUCUUUUUGACGACAGGAAUGUCUGUACAUUGGAUGCAUCAAUAUUAGUUGUUUUGGAAAACGAUGGAUCAACUGCGCCAGGAGGAAUGGAUAUUAAUGCACAGUUGCUAUCUGCGUAUUACGGUGGUGAUUUAUCCUCAAAUGCAGUAAGGAUGCCAUGUUCCAGUAUAGCAACUACAUCUGCGCAAGCAUGCACAGCUUGCUGCAAAAUGGCAUGCAAGCAUUAUACCAUAAGCGAAGAUGUUCAUGGAUUUUUAAUUAAUUCGACAAGACUCCUUGCUGGUCAAUUCCCAGAUAUUGCAUUACCAACAUUUCAACGAAUGAAACGACAGGGAUCGAUACCACCACAAACAUUACCACCACUGCCUCCAGUUUCUUGUGUGUGUUGUGGACCACGACGUUUCUUCACUAAUUGGUCUCCUUCUGCACCUAACUCACCACCACAACCAAUGUGA